AUGGCUUCGAACCUUCCCCUCCCUAUUCCGCCGCGCACCCCCACUCCGCCACUGGAUGAUCAACAUGCCCAUAUCAGCUCAGGGAUACCCAUCGAUCGCGAUGCCCUAUCGCCAUUGAGAUCUGCCUUUCCAAAGGGUGUCAUGGAUGCCGAAAGCAGAGACACGCUUAGCCCCACAAAAUCAUCUUUCAACCUAGCAACCUCACCGGAAGAUGCAGAGACACCAAUUGAUAAUGCCACGGGCGACAAGGCCCCAGGGCCGUUCAAUUUCAGUACCACCGUGAUGGCGAAGAGCCCAGUAGUCAAGUCGAAUAUGGGACAACGUCGGGGCCACAAGUACAAGCACAGUAGUAUCUCGCACCAGAUCUUCCUCGAGCCUCCUCCGCGCGCACCGCUUGCACUUCCAAAUUCCCUGCCGAUACCGACAUUCAAAGAGUAUAGAUCUAGCAUGUCGAAGGAUCAAAAGACUCGCUUUUGGUGGAGUCUUUGCCACAUGUUCGUUGCGGCAUAUACACUCUGGACCGCACAUGGGUCUCUGGCUAUGACAGCAUUAUCACAUUUGAUUCUAUUCGACUCACUCGGUGCUCUGCUAUGUGUUGCAGUUGAUGUACUGGGGAAUUUCGAAGUCUGGAAAAGAUCCAGUAUCCGCCACCCCUUCGGCCUUGAACGCGCAGAAGUUCUAGCUGGGUUUGCGAUGGCCGUCCUCCUCUUGUUCAUGGGAAUGGACCUUAUCUCUCACAACCUGCAACACUUCCUGGAGAAGGCUGGCCACGAGCCCCAUCACUCGCAUGAUCAUGGCCGGGUUUCCCUGGGUGAAGUGGAUGUGACUGCCGUCCUUGCUAUUUCGUCGACGCUUGUGUCGGCAAUUGGGCUCAAGAACCAUGCUCGCAUUGGGAAGGCUAUGCGCUUUGGAUAUAUUCAAUCCCUUCCAUCGGUGUUGAGCAACCCGUCUCACUUCCUCACGCUCUCCUGCUCUACGCUGCUGUUGCUUUUGCCUCUGGUUUCAAUCCGCAUCUAUGACUGGCUUGAUAAGCUUUUGUCGGGGACCAUUGCAUUCUCCAUGUGCUUCCUGGGGACGCGAUUGGUGAAGACUCUGGGCUCCAUGCUUCUCAUGUCCUACUCCGGCCAGGGAGUGUCCGAUGUCAUCAAGGACAUCGAAGCCGAUCCUGCUGUGUUUGGCAUUGAUGACGCUCGAUUCUGGCAGGUACACUAUGGGCUUUGCAUGGCCAAUCUGAAGCUCCGAGUGACUGGGUCAGACGAGAAUCUCAUCCGGCUGCGGGAGAAGAUAUCCAGCCUGAUUCGUAACAGGUUGGGUGGUGGAUAUGGCACAGGCGGCCAAAGAUGGGAGGUAUCUCUUCAAUUCACGAUUGAGCGUACAUGA